GUGUACAGUGUGAUGAGUAACCAGCCUCCGACACCUCCAUCGCGGCGACAUGCGGUGCCUCUCCGUCCUUAUACUCGACUAUCUUCGAUCAAAUCUGAGCCUCAGGCUGACUCCCAACCGCAGUUCUUGAGGAAGCGGUUCGCUCCCUCGAAACCACGGCAAACUGAUAAGGCAGAAUAUGAGCAGUUAGUGGCUGCUGCUGCCAAGACGGGAGAUCAGGGAGACGGCGUUGGUCGAGGGACGAGUGCUAGGCAGCUACUCAUGAUGGCUGACAAGAAACAGCAACUGCAACGGCGGCAGGCCCAGGCUAUGGGGAUGAGCUUCGACCAGAUGGCGAAGAUGAAGCAAAGUCAGAACUCGGCCGUGAGUCGAUCCCAACAGGUUAUCGGCUCUCAAUGGUUUGUUAAGCCUAAGAAGCAGGAAGGCCAUCGUGGGAAGAGUAAGGGGGUAUCGGACAUUGCGUUUGGUGACGAGGAUGACCUCACUUACCGUCCCAUUGGAAUACCCUACUUCCAGACCAAGGAAAUAACGGACUUAAAGUCGACUGAGGAAGAGGAGGAGGAGGAACGGGAAAAGAAGGGGAAGCCGAAACGUCCGACGCUUCUUAACAUUGAUGAGAAGAAUCGUAACGCUGCUAAGAUGUUUAUGAUGACCAACGAGAAUCCCGAAACAGGGCAUCUACAGCCUGGGAAAACAGUAGUGGUUGAUGAAGAUUGCGAGUUUAGAGAGGACAGCUUCCUAUUAGUGCAGUUGCCACAGCUUCUUCCCAAACUGGUGGAAGAUGCUCCGCCCGAGCCGACGAAGAAACAUGCUCCUAAGGUCGACGAUGGAUCGGUUGAGAAUGCCGUGACACCGCUGAGUGAAAUUCCAGACGGCCGUAUUGGCACGUUGCAGAUCUACAAGUCCGGCAAGGUUAUGAUGAGGAUAGGAAACGCGAGUUUCAAGUUGGAUCAGGGCAGUGAAACGCAUUUCGAUCAACAGGUUAUGUGUGUCUGCGCCAGCGAUCUGGAGGCGGCCUUUUUGGGUCAAGUUGCAGGACGUGUGAUUGUAACGCCGGAUUUGGCAGAGACCACCCCAAGUUGACUUACCCCCCCAGAUUGAUG